UGAAAAAGCUAUUCAAAUUGAUCCUCACUUUGCUGAGUGUUAUGGAAAUAUGGCAAAUGCUUGGAAGGAGAAGGGCAACAUUGAUGUUGCAAUCCGCUACUAUUUAAUUGCUAUCGAGCUCCGACCAAAUUUUGCUGAUGCAUGGUCAAAUUUAGCAAGUGUAUAUAUGCAUAAAGGGCAGUUUAACGAGGUAGCUCAAUGUUGUCGCCAGGCUCUUGCACUGAAUCCACGUUUGGUUGAUGCACACAUUAAUCUUGGGAAUUUGAUGAAAGCUCAAGGAUUAGUUCAAGAGGAACGUUCUGAGCCUGAUGGCUUCAGCCAUGCCACAGGCUAUGACUGUAACUCCUGAGGAGCGGGCAACCAUUGAACGUGUAUGUUUCUAAUCUUUGUUUAACCUCUGUGUAGUCCCUCUCUUGUUUGUGCUUUUAUCCAAGAGCCAAGAUGGCUACUCAAGAACAUUUAUUGCAUUUUUUUAUUCUUAAACAUAUAAUUUAGACGGUUGAAACCUGUACUGCACUGUUUUAUAGUUAAUUUUAUUAUAAUGUUUCAGUCAGUUCUAUGUAUCAACAACCAUUCAGAUCAAUCACAUUUUAGGACCAAAAUUAAUAAAUAAAUAGUCAAUUGAACAGAGGGAAAAACUCUAGUGAUGGUUAAAAAUAUAGAAGUGGCUGUUAGACAAAAUAAUGCGAAAGACUUGGCACUUGAUCAUGCUAUACAUAUGUUGCUCGCUGGUAUGUUUGCCAAGUGUUUGUGUAUUGGUUCUGGUUCAGUUUUCUCACCACAAUCACUUGAGUAGACAAUGAGGGACUUCUUUUGAGUACUUCCCUUGGGGUAUGUUCAUUUCUUCAUUUAUUGAUUCUUUAUGUUAUUUUUCUUCUAUUUCUUAUUUUAAAGUGUUAUUUGUUUCAUUUGGAAAAAUAGGGGAGGCAGUAUUUCUGGGUUUUCAGCACUACAUUUUGGCCCUUGGAACUGCAGUGAUGAUCCCUUCUUUCCUUGUUCCUUACAUGGGUGGUACUGAUGUGAGCUCAUUUUUCAUAAAAGACCAAUAUUUAUUUUUAAGCAAGAAAUUAAUAUAGUUUGUGAGCCGAUCCUUUAAUGUUUCCUCAUACUAAUUUUUCUCAUCCUCUUUUCUUUACUAAAGUGAUAAAGUCAAGUUUUUGGAGUUGUUUAUGUAUCAAAGUUGAAAAUUUGUUAAUGAUUUUAUGAACCAUCUUUGAAAAAUAAAAUUUCAUCAGGGUGAUAAAGUCAGAGUAGUACAGACUCUACUGUUUAUUGAAGGAAUUAACACACUUCUUCAAACUCUCUUUGGAACCAGACUGCCUACUGUUAUUAGAGGGUCUUAUGCAUUCAUGGUCCCUAUUAUAUCUAUCAUUCAUGAUUCAUCAUUGGCUAGUAUUGAGGACCCUCAUAUCGUAAGUGCAACCCUUCUAUUCUUGAAUAAGGCAUUUCCUUUUCCUUGAUAUCACUAAAGCAUUCUUUUAUGGUAUGACUUCUUUGCUAUCUAUGUGUUGUAAGGAAGCUUACUUUUCUUGUACAUUUUUCUAGAGAUUUCUC